CUCUUCCUGGUCCUCAGUGUCCUCACUUGGCUCAGCCCUCAAAGUCAGAAACCGGAGCAGGACGCAGAUUUUGCAGGAACUCACACGACAAUGGCAGCUCCAUCCCACAGCUCGAGUUUCAGCAUCAGUGAACCUGGGACCAGCCAUGGGCUUGGAAACCAAGACCCCAGAGAGUCACAACUGAGACUAGUCUUAGUGGGUAAGACUGGAGCCGGAAAAAGUGCCACAGGGAACAGCAUCCUUGGGAAGAAAGUGUUUCAUUCCACCAUCGCAGCAAAAUCCAUCACCAAGGUCUGUGAGAAAGGGAGCUGCACGUGGAGUGGGAGAGAAAUUGUGGUCGUGGACACACCUGGCCUUUUUGACACCGAGGUGCCAGAUGCUGACACACAGAAGGAGAUUGCUCGUUGCAUCCUCCUGACAUCCCCAGGGCCUCAUGCACUGCUCCUGGUGGUCCCACUGGGCCGAUACACAAAGGAACAGCAACAGGCCGUGGAGAAGGUGCUGAUGAUGUUCGGUUCCACAGCUAGGAGGUACACAAUUCUCUUAUUCACUCGGAAGGAUGACUUAGAUGGUGUGGAGUUCUGUGAUUACAUAAAGGAAGCCCCAGAAUUCAUUCAGGAUCUGAUGAAGGAGUUCAAGGAUCGCCAUUGUUUGUUCAACAAUAAGGCAACAGGGGCUGAGCAGGAGGCCCAGAGGGCACAGCUGCUGGACCUGGUCCAGCGCAUGGUGAUGGAGAACGAGGGGGGAUUCUACACUAACGAGAUGUACCAAAGGGCAGAGGAGGCAGUUCAGAAACAGAUCCGAGUGAUAGAAGAGCAGUGCAGAGCUGAGCUGGAGAGGGAGAAGAAGCAGAUAAUAGAGGAGUAUGAGGAGAAAAUCAGAAACCUGGAGGAUAGCCUGGAGCGGGAAAAGAAAAGGGAAGAAAUGGAGAGGGCGCUGGCAGAAAGGGAAAAGCUCUGUGUUUCCAGACAACGAAAUGCCAGGGGUGAAGUGGAGCAUCAGAAUAGGAUACUUGACAUCAUUAUGGGGGCUUUGAAAAGUGCUGGCCUACGUCUUACAAGGCUGUUCAGAUUCUCCCCCGCAAAAUGAGAAUCUGUCUAUAUUUCCUGCACAUUUUCAGGGGCCCCUUCCCCACAGAACUCAUUCCUCAAAGUGAGAGCUCCCUGCUUGUUUUCCUCAGGCUCUCAGGACUAGGGAGGGUGGGAAAGUUCACUGUUGGCCAUUGGUGGACAUUUGAUUAGUUUCACAGGGGAGGGACACAUGCCAAAUCUAUAAAACUCCACAGCAGAAUGUACAGAUGCCCCCUGUGACCUGAACUCUUUCUCAGACACACAGAAAGGAAUGGAGGAGGCCAAAGUCGGUGACCCCAAGCAUGCUCUGUUUAUCCCUAGUAACCCUUUCUCCUUCAGAUUCUUUGUAGAUUGGCAGAUAAUCUCUGUCUGUGGCUUCUACUCCUUAUUUUUGCCUUUACAGCCUCAAGGGUUAUUUUACCCAUGUGGUUAGUGAAAUCAAUUCUUUGCAUGAAGUAAUCUGUAGGUAGAGAUGCCUCUAGAAUUCUUUCUGAUGAACAUGAACUUGUUGAAUUACAUUUUUAUGAAAGGACUGAAAUUUUCCUUACCAUUGGCCCACUGAAGUACAAAGACUUGUCUGAAAAACAGAUAUCAGAACUCAGUGAAGUACAAUGGCAGAAAAGGUAAAAGACACAGAUUCAGCAGGCAAGAGAGCAUCGUUUGGAGUAUUCAGAUGUUCAUGUAGAAACUCUGUGACCAGCCUCAAUGUCAACAUGUUGCUGAAUGACUAGUCCUCUCCUUUUCUUGGGAAGCCAACUGUUGCCACCGCACCUCCAUCUCCCUGCACCCUGAUGACUCCCUGCUGGGAGGGUGUCCCCACACUGCUGUCCCACCCCCUGAA